AUGGGGCAUCAUAAGAACUGUCAAGCUGUUCUCGUGAAAAACAGUGGAGAAAGGACACCUGUUCUAGGCAAUAGCUUUGAAGCUGAACCAGUACUACAGUUGCUUAAAAUAGUCUUUCUGACCUUUUAUUUUUCAGCUGUAGCAGAAGUGAAACUUCGAGAUGAUCAGUAUACCUUGGAUCAUAUGCGUGCCUUUGGCAUGUAUAAUUACCUGCACCUUGACUCUUGGUACCAGGAUAAUAUCUACUAUGUUGAUCAACUUGGAAGGGUUAUGAAUUUAUCUGUGACUCUGGACACUGCAUUACAGAAGCCAAGAGAACUAUUCAGACUACCAACAGACUUGACAGCGUAUGAUAAUCGACUUUGUGCGUCGAUACACUUUUCAUCUUCCACGUGGGCUGCCCUUUCAGAUGGAACAGGAAGACUGUAUCUUAUUAAAACAGGCAAGCGUGGAGAUAGUGCCUCUGAAAAGUGGGAGAUCAUCUUCAAUGAAGAGCUUGGAUGUCCUUUCAUAAUAGUCCAUAGUGUUUCCUUUGUAAAAUCUGAUGUGCAUUCAAUAGAUGUGCUUCUGCUUAGAGUAGAAAAAGAUGAACUGGAUACAGAAGGAAGUGGCUUCCAUGUUUCCUUGGAGUGGGUUACAGUCACAGAGAAAAAUAAAGUUGGUGAUCAGAGAUAUGAAGCCUUCAAAUGUAGGGUUCUCCAGGGAAAGUCAGUCCCUCAUUAUGCAGCAAUAGAGCCAAAUGGAGAUGGUCUGAUGAUUGUUUCCUACAAACCCUUCAAAUUUCUGCAGGAAGAGGAGAGCCAACCUGAAGAAAACGAAGAUGGGAAAAUAGGAGAUAAAAAGAAAGACCCUCUUUAUUACUGGCAACAGACUGAAGAUGAUUUAACAGUAACAGUUCAGCUUCCAGAAGACAUCACUAAGGAUGAUGUAACUGUACAGUUUUCUCCUGCUCAUAUCAGCAUAGUAUUGAAAAGUCAGCGGCUGCCACUGUUAGAAGGAAUGCUCCAUUCAUCUAUUGAUCAUGAAAGCUGUACAUGGAUAAUUAGAGAGAACAAGAGUUUGGAGAUUUCAUUAAAUAAAAAGGAAGAAGGACCAAUGUGGCCAGAACUGAUAGUGGCUGAUUCACGAGGGGAGUUCAUCACAGACUCUUCACAAUGUCUCAUGCAUCUGACCUCUGAAGAAAUGAAUCCAAACCCUGACAAAGAAAAUCCCCCUUGCAAUGCGCAGGAACUGGAGGAAUGUGAUAUUUUUCUUGAAGACAGUACAAGUUUGUGCAGAUUUGAUGGUAAUAAUUUGAAAGUCUCUCAUGUGAUUAAUCUUGGAAGCAACCAGUAUCUCUUCUCAACUGUUGUAGAUCCUAAAGAAAUGCCUUGCUUUUGUCUCCGGCAUGAUGUUGAUGCUCUCCUCUGGCAGCCCCACUCUGACCGACCAGACAAUAUGUGGGAGCAUGUUGCAACUUUCAAUGCUUUAGGAUAUGUCCAAGCAUCAAAGCAAGACAAGAAAUUCAUGGCUUGUGCCCCAAAUUACUCUUAUGCAGCUCUUUGCGAGUGCCUGCGUCGGGUGUUCAUCUAUCGACAACCCACUCCUCUGUCCACGGUCCUCUACAACAGGAAAGAGGGCAGACAAGUCGGGCAGGUUGCUAAGCAGCUGGUAGCAACUCUGGAAGCCACUGAUCCUAUCUUGGGCUUUCAAGCUACAAAUGAGAGAUUAUUUGUUCUCACAACAAAAACCUUGUUUUUAAUAAAGGUAAACACUGAAAAUUAAUUACCUAUUAUGUCCUGUUAGCUUCUCUGCAUUCAUAUGUAGCCUCAGAAACUAUUAGAUUAACGGAGAAGUUUAAUGCAUACUGUUGAAGCUGAUAUAAAAUAUCAUGUACACCAUUAUUUUUAAAAGGCCAACCAAAACUAGAAACUCUUUGUGCAAAUGGAAUAAAGCUUCCCAGCUCCGUUGUUACUGAACAUUUAAAGUGUUUUGAGGACUUCCAGUUCUGGGGACAAAUGCCAGAAACUGCAACAUUCUUAACCAUUACCAGAGACUGAUAUUGCGUGAGUGAAACUAUCCAUGCAUUGGUUUUUCAAAUAGCCUUUUCCUAUCGCACUUCUGCCAUUCAAAAUUUUGAGUAUUCACUUCUAUUUUGCAUAAUAGCUAUAGUUUCUCUCUUAAGAAUUUAUUCAUACAAGUAAAACAAACCCUUGGUUCAUAAACAUAAAAUCACAAGGGAAAGAACAUACCAUUUACAAAAAAUUGGUAAAUUGUAAAACCAUUCUUUUUUUUUUUUCUUUAAUUUUGCAUUCAGUUUCUUUCGAAAUGUCCUCACUUAGCAUUGCCAAGUCAUGGGGCAUUGGCUAAAAAUGGACUUUGGGGCCACCUGCUUUUUCAGGCAUAUUUUUAAUCCAAGUAAAGUAACUUCAUUUAAUAUGUGAAACUGAUUAUCUUAUUGAUUCCUUGAGCAAAAUCUCCACAUAUUCUAAAAAUAACUAAAAUAUGGUAUUUUUAACAUGGCUUUUGUAGCUUCCUUUCUCUUAUGGAUCAGCAGAAGAGGGGAAAAAGUCGUCUCAAAUUGACUAAAUUGUACUUUACUAAGUUUUAAAGUUCAACUAUACUGCAAAGGGUAUUGUGAAAUUAAAGUUUUGUCUCAGUUACAUGUAGAAUAAAUCUGCUUGGUUUACAAUCAAAAUCGGAUAUUCUGCUUAUGAGCCAACCAUAACCUGACAUGUGAAACUCAAGCUGUUUCUUCCGUAUGUAUGAUUCUCAUAAAUAAAAAAAAUUCUGCCAGUG